AAAAAUAACAUAACCUCUUGUUUCUGACAUAACCUACCUGAAUCAGUCUCCCUUAGUUUUUACGUUUUUUUUUUGGAAGGUGUGAAAUAUUUUAAUCAGGGAUAAUGGUUAUUACUAAAAGCAGAGUGCCUGUAAGUGCUAAGAUAUUAGAACAAUUAAUUAACACCGUGAAUUCAUGUGUUGAAGUAGUGAAAAAAGAAAGGGAUGUGCGAACCUUACCCUAUCAUGGAAACAAAAUCUCUAAUGCUAUCAAGGAGCAGUUGAAUAAUCUUAUUGGCAAGUUUGUUAAAGACUUGAAUGGCAUUGUUCUUGGAUACAAAAAUAUUAAGAUUUUAUCUGAAGUUGGAUUCAUUGAUGAUGCUGCAUGUCUUAACUUUCCUAUAUUAGCAGAUUUCUACUUGUUCAAACCAACCCCGGGUAAAGAAUUACCAGCUAUAGUAACAAAAAAAAGUAAAGAUCAUGUAGGAUGUUUGGUAUACCACACUUUCAAUGUUUCAAUACCUAAAUCUGAAGCUGAGGUGAAUUGGGAAGGACACAAUGUAGAAAUUGGUCAAGAAAUAAUUUUCAGAGUAACUUUUGUCAAAUUAGAUUCAAGAAUACCUUAUAUUAGAGGAGAAUUUCUGAAAAAAUCUUCAGUUAAUAAGAGGAAAAAAUUCGAUGAAUGCGAUACAGCCACUCCUGAAACUGAAAUCAUAUGCCCUUCAGAAGAGGUAGACAUCAACUCUAGCUGUGAUGGAGUUGUGAAAAAGAAAAAGAAGAAAUCUCCUGAAACUGAAAGCAUAUGCCCUUCAGAAGAGGUAGACAUCAACUCUAGCUGUGAUGGAGUUGUGAAAAAGAAAAAGAAGAAGUCUCCUGAAACUGAAAGCAUAUGCCCUUCAGAAGAGGUAGACAUCAACUCUAGCUGUGAUGGAGUUGUGAAAAAGAAAAAGAAGAAGUCUCAUUGAAAAUGAAGAAUCUAAUUGUAACCAAGAUUUGAGGACUUAGGUAAUCAAGUACUUGUAUGUAGGCAGACCCCAAAAUUCAUUCCAACAAUCCAGAUACUGAAGGCUGUGAGGAUUCCCGAAUCCUAUUUGCUUAUCUAGUUAUAUUUGUACAUAAUGUAACUAUCAUGUCAAUAAAAAUUAAAUUAUUUCAA